UUGCCGUUACGGGCAGCAGUGCGGAGCUGCCAUUCACCGAGAGUGGUAUACUCGGUUCCCGAUACCGCAUCGUUCCGAACAUCUGACGGCCUGAAAAAAUUACGUAAAUAUUACAACAUUCAUACAUCGAUUAUGAAAUGUAUGUAAUCGCAGUUCGCAAACCCUUCCGUUGAUGUCUUGAUUUUGUUUUUUUUUUAUUGCUAAGUGGUCGGUUUUGGCGGUUUGUUUAAGUGCGACUUGUUUGACCCUGGUGGAUUUAUUUUAUAUAAUUUCCUAACCCUGUUUCUUGGUGCCUGGACCGUCUGUGGUUUUGUUGUGUAUCAUUUCGUCCACAUUGGAUUGUCACUGGUGCCGUUGCCCCGGGGAAGGACGCGUUAGAUGGGAAUUCCUAUGCUAUACCGCCGACACAAUAUCAAGUUACUUUAUAUGUGACAUCAGACGGCAUGUCUGCCUCGUGAUCGACAGUGAUUAACUUAUUGUAAAAAAAAUGGAACAUCGGUGUACUCAAGAGACAAUCUAGAAGUAUCAAAAUUUUCCAUGACGAACUAUUUAUUCCUAAAAGUAUCAAUGAUACGGUGAAAAUAGAAGAACACAAUGGGGCGGCGACGUUGGCGAUUAGCGACAAUCGCUGCUUUUCUACUCUUCGUAGCGAGGGACACGCAGUGUCAAGAUGAGAACGGUUUUUACUACACACCAGAAAGAAAUUUUGCUCAAGUUCAACCACCUAUAUUUCCCAAUAGUCGACCUACAUCUUUCUUUGAACAUGGAGACAGUUACAGAGCUGCUUCAACAGCGCAGCAGCCACUAUAUAACGACGGUCGUGUGAGAUUUGCUAGUUCUAACUAUAACCAGAACCCUUCACCUUUCCAAGUACCCACAGGAAGAAGUCAAAGUGGCUCCCAAUAUUAUAUUAACCAACCUGAUUUCACAACAUCACAACGUCAGAGAUUCAGGCCUGCUUUACCUUAUAAUUUUCAAAUACAACAUCCUGCUUCAACGAAAAGGCCCGAUGUUUCCCAAAUUCACUCGGCUGCCUAUCAAAAUGACCCAUCUAAACCAGAAACAUUUUUAGGACAAAUAACAAUAAACAAUCCUGAUAUAGAUUAUCUACAAAAUAAUGGAUUCAAAAAUAUACCAUUUGAUACUAAUAGUCUCAAAAGUAAUGGGCAAAGCGGUCACAUUGCACAUGACGAUGAAUUUGAUAAUGAUGACCAGGAUAUAUUUGACCAGCAUAAAGUUACAACAUAUAAUCCUACAAAGCUUGCUAAUAAACAAAAAAUAAGCAAUAAACCAAAUAAUUCAAGAUUUUCACAUUUUGAUCCACCAACACUAAAUGUUAAGAAAGUUCUCCAAAAUGUGCCAGCAGAUAAUUACAAGAUUAACAGCAACUUUCCUCCAUCUUUUAAUAUUCCUGAACUUAAUCCAGGUUCUUCUACUGAAUACAAACCACUUUUAGAUUUAGAACCACUUCUUGAAGAUGACAUAAGUGAUUUAAGCUCUUUCAGAGAACUGAUGAAAAAUAAUCAAGAGUCUUUCGAUGUACAAGUCAUCAAGUCAAAUAAUAGUGAAAAUUCUGAUGAUAGUAAAUCUGAUGCAAGUUCAAUGAAUACUGAUAAUAUGGCUAACGAUUCAGCAUUGAUGACUUUAUCCAUUGAAACUACUCCUAAGCAAAUGAAAUCUUCUACUACAACUACUACCGAAAAGUCAAGUGAACUUACUGAUGAUGCCCACGAAGAAAAUCUUAAUGAAGAAGAAGAAGGAGAGUAUGUUGAAUAUUAUGAUGAAGAAGAUAAAGCUGAAGUGAAACAUACUACAACUGCUAAAGCCACAACUACUUCUGCAGAACCAGUUACAGAUAUUUAUGAUGAAUAUGACGCCACUGAGGAGCCAGAGGAAACGACUGUUAUACCAGUCAAAAUUAACUCUAAUAAUUCGUUUGAAGUUUUGGCAAUGGAACCUAAUAAUACAUUGGUGAAAGACGAUAAUUUCAAGCAAUUUAUUGAUUCAGACGUGAUAGACGAUACUGAAGUAGGAACAGAUAACGAUACAACUGCACCUAGUUUGAGAUUUACAUUUUCGAAAGAAAAGCCUUCGUUAGAAACUCCUUCAAUUCUGGGUCAAGAAGUAGUUUCUGUUGUUACAACUAAAAGUGUUGUGAAUGGAACUAUUUCUAUACCUGAUGUUACUUAUCCACCAACUCCUAAAACCGCUGUGACCUCCGUAUUUAACAACGAUACAAACGAAUCGCCCAUAACAACAGAAAGUUGGAUCGUAGUAGCUUCUGUGCAAACAAGUCGUAGUGUAUCUGGUGCCCGAUUCUUACCAUUCCCAACAGUAGAACAAGAAGAAAAGAAGCAAGUACUGACUGAAGAAGAUGAAGAAAAUGUAACGCAUAAUCCAAUGCAGGAUUCUAUUAGUGUUAUGAACAGUUCAUCUUCUACUGAAAAUAUAAAUGAUAAAUUAGAUAGCAUUCAGUCGGAAUUAUCUAGCGCAGUGUUGUCAGGAAAUAUAAAUAAAGAAAAUAAAAACAUUGAGUUAAUAACAGAAUCAACUACAGAACCAACUACAUCAUCAACUACUACUUCUACUACGACGACUACUACGCCUUCAGCGGUGAAUGUGUUUACUUUAAAGAGUACACAAUUUUCUGUCGCUACAGAAAGAUCUUCUCCAGAUCCUUUACCAGUUCAAAUAAAGAAAUUUGCUCCACGUGUAACGACCUCUACUACUCCUAAACCAAAGAAAAAAUUAGUUACUGUAAUGGACGAUUUAUCUGGUUUAUUGCCACCUGGAUACAAAUCAAGACAAUCAUAUAAAGACAAACGUACUAGUACUACGACCACUACAACUGCUUCCACAACUACUACUACUCCAGCUCCGAAACCGGGUAUCGGAAUCCUUAAUAUUACACAAGGGCGAUCUUCUGGCAUUAGUUCUAAAAACAAAGUUAUUAUUUUAGAUGAUAAAUCUUUACUUCCCAAGGAGUAUAAGCCAAAGCAAAAAACGCAAGAUGAUCUUUUUAAAAAGGUUCAAAACGAUGACUUUAGUAAAUUAUUACCACCUGGUUAUAAGCCUGACAAUGCCAAUAAUAAUACCAAACAAGACGUAUUCAAAACAAUUGAAAAGAUAGACAUUUCAGCCUUUUUACCUAAAGGAUUUAAGUUAGAUGCAACGCCUACAAUUACUACUACUACUACAACUACCACAGAAAAAAAUAAGGUUAUUCCAAAAUUGCCGACUAACGCUGUGCCCGUAGAUAUUUCAGCAUUUUUACCACCAGGUUUCAAUCUUAAUUCUAGUGAAUCUGAUAAACCUGAAGAAGUUCCACUCAGUAAAUUCAAAGUUGCCGAUAUUUCAAGCUUUUUGCCACCAGGAUUUAAUUCUAACUCUCCACAAGAAGAAGAAUCAACAUUGAGUACUACCACUGCUUCGUCUGGAAGCUUUAAAGUAGUUUUCCCAUCGAGACCAGGAGGCAAGGCAAGCAGAAAAAGCACAACACAAAAAUCAAGCAUUGGUCCACCUCCUGUUACUCCAAAGAUUCAAAAAGGAUGGCCAACAAGGGCUUCAACAGAAUUCACCGGCUGGCCAUCGCCAUCUACAACUCCUUUCUCGAUAGAUCGACUUCUAGAACAACAACGAAAUGCUACGUCUACCACUCCUUUAUCAGAAAUAAGCACCGAAUCUACGACUCGCCGACGUGUAUCUACGACAACAACGACGCCAGCUCCACCUCAGCCCACCACUCCUGGAGUGUGUCGUCACGAAUGUGACAUAGCAGCAACUAUCAAGAUUGUUUCAGGAGUGAAGUGGGUACCAGAAUUUUUAGAUCAUCACACUAAAGAAUGGCAAAAACUAGCAAGAGAGGUGAAACAUGAGCUCAAUUCCGUCUAUUCAAAAUCUGAUCUGCUAAGCAAAUGGUUUAAAGGUGUUCGCAUAGACGGAUUCAGUCAAGGCUCCGUGCUCGUCGAUUAUUUCAUCGAAUUAAACAAUGUUCAGGAUAAAAUUGACACGUUACAACUUAAAAAAAUCUUCCAUAAAUCUCUUAGUGACGCUAAAGCUGGCUCAAUGGAAGAAGACGAAGAACUCGACACAUUUGACCCUGACGUAAUGUUAGGCGAUCAACCAGACGAAGACAGAAUGAAAAAGAGUAAUGAAAAAAUGACGAAAAAUAUAGACAAAUCUGCGGGAAAAUUGGAAAUGGGAAAAUUUGUUAUGGAUCCGGCGUACACUGAAUUUAUUGUUUUGCCAAAACACGAAGAGCCUACCAUAACUGAACCGGAAGAAGAAUCUCUAUUACCGCAGUGGGGUAUUGCUGUCAUUGUUAUUGCUCUUGCAUCACUUCUGUUUGUUGUAAUUUUCGGUGUUACAGUGCUUGUGAAUCGCCAGAAGAGCACAAAAACGAAACAGCCUAUCCCUCUGAGUGAAGACAUGCUACGAGAGUUGGAUAAAAGUCAUAUGGGAGGCUUUGAUGAUAUGCACCAACUUAAAGAACGCGAUCUACCUUACUUACCUUCAGGAAAGCGCAUGUCUACAGCUUUCAUAGAACAGCUGGCGUACCCCAAUCCAGGUGACUCUUGGAGAUCAGAGUGGACUCCGCAGCUCCAGAAGUAUAUGUCACACUACACACCGGACUCUGGUCGAGGGUCACAGAUAUAUGGCACAACAGGCAACGGGUAUGGAGGGUCCCAGCUCUAUGGACAGACGGGCGCCGGGUCACAAGUAUAUGGUUACACAGGGGAGUUCCCUCGGUCCCAUUACUCACGUCGCCGUUCCGACUACGACAGCAAUUUCUAGAACUUUCUCAACAUUAAAACUUUAAAUUAACCCCUUGACAAUAUCAUCUUUAAACCUCGAGUUUAGAAAUAGUAACUAGGUUCAAUCUUAUCUUCUAGAAAUUCAUUAACACUUGCGCUGGGCGAAAAUGUUUUAAAAAGUAUUUAACUCUAAAGGCCCAGUUUACAUCGUUAACAGGUUGUGAAAUAGGUAUGCUUUCAUUAUUAAAUUAUUAAUCACCAAUAUUACGAUUUUAUAAGAAUUUCCUGUCAUUUUAGAAUUACAUAUUAGGCGCUUUUAGUACGGCCUAUUUCAAGGAAUACAUUUAGUGCCAAAAAAAGAAUUUUGAUUAGCUUUGUAUACUAUACGAAUUAUCCUCAUAUAGAUUAUAACGAGUUAGAUGGGCCUACAAAUUUUAUUAACUAUUUAAAAAACAAUGUUUGUUAAAAAUUUAUAAUGAUGGUUUCAAAAUUAAGUCCGUAAUUAAGGUAUUCUGCCAAAAUAGAAACUUUGACUGAUUGUGAGAUGUACAUAGAUAGAAUAAGAACUCACCGUUAUAUUAAGUCGGAAUUAGGUGAGUCUAUACAUAAUUUUGUAGAUAUCGUUGCAUACCUACAUUUGCUCAGAACUAAACAUGACGGUGUCAGCGUAAAUGUGCCAAAUGUCCAAUUGAUCAUGUAAAUAUAGUGCAAAAAAAAACAUUUUUGAUGUAAAAUUUGUGUGUGAAGAUUAGAGAACACACUAACUGUAACGAUUUGUGACGUGAAAAUAAACGUAGAUAAAUGACGUAAUAUUAACAAAAAUUACCUGGAUUUUAUUAACCUGGAGUAUGGAUUGUAGAGUGUAUGCUGCAGUGUAUUUUACGAUGUCAGAUUAAAAACCAACUAAGGAGAGGUAUUUAUAAUACAGAAAUCAUCAUCUGUUCUCAGUCACCUUAAAAUUGGUGACCUAUCAUUUUCGAUAGUAACUCCUUGAUUACUUUGUUAUUGGGUGGCUUACUGCCAUUAUCACGCCACCUUAACAAUUCUAAUCAAUAAACGAUAUCUUUAUAUCGUAAAGCUUUAAUUUAAAAUAUCAAAAAUUGACUGCGUAAACAAACAAAAUGAUACAAAAAAUCUCAUCAUAUGAUUCCCAUUUUAGAUAUACAGUUACAAUCUGCGAAUGUACUUUUUUCUAUCUCAUUUUCGCUAACAAUGCGUUAAUCUAAAUUUAAUAAAACAGUUUGGUUCUUACAAAUUCAUUCAAAAUUAUAUAUUAAUCAUUUUAUUAUUAUUUUACGCAGUCAACAAAAAACAAAUGAACUUAUUUAAUACUCAGAAUCUUUUGUCACGUACGACAAUUUCAUUAAUAUUAAAAUUGUCAAUUUAUUGUAAAUAUCGUAAUAAUAAUUAUUAAGCGUAUUGUAUAAUUUUAUUGAUUAUGUAUUUUUGAACAUUUUCAUGUUUGUCGUCAAAGUUUUUCCACAAACAUUAAUGUUUAUUGUAAAUUCCUAAUGUGUUGAAUAUUAUACCAAUUAGAUAGACUACAUAUUAUAUUAUUAUCGUAUAUGCAUAGAAAUUCUUGUAUAUAAACAUUUUUGUACAUUUAGAUCUUUAAUUUAAUUAUUAUAACUAUAGGUAGUUACAAAUUAAACCUGUAAGAUCCUGAAUAUAGACAUAUUAUAAUGUACUUA